AAUAAACGUUGCAUUCGAUUACUAAUGUAUAUAAGAUCGAUUACUAAUGUAUAUAAGAAAAUGGUAUCUUAUUCCUUUUCUUUCCGCGCUGCCCACGCUAUGCGCCUUGUAUAAACUGGAAAUGCCACUAGAUACUUACGAAAUGAAAGAUGUUCCAAACGCCAGUUGCCAUAUAGAUUUUCCUCGUACCGACGCCUCGGGAGGAUGUGUAUGUGAUAUCGUAAGUGCUCCGUGCGCUAUGCUAUGCUAUGCUAUGCCAUGCCAUGCAAUAUUGAAACAAUUUUCUGACCAAUAGAACGCUAUGCUGACUGAAGAGAGUAUUUUGAUGGGAAUUUUUGUUGGAGAGGUCGUGGGCUUGGUAAAUGGUAC